AUGUCGACGGUUGUUGGAUUGCCGAAAUUCAUGGUACUGAAAUCCAAGUCCGACGGGAAAUACCUGUGCACUACCAACUGGAACGAAGACUCCUUCGGGCCGUAUGUUAACGGGCUGGGCUGCAAACGACACCUAGAUCCCGCUCAGCCCGUUCGUGAAGCUGGAGGCCGUCCCGUCCGGAUCCGGCCCGACCCAAGUGAUCCACCUCCGAUGCUGCCAUCCACAACAACAAUUUCGUGUAGCUUGGAGAACAAGUACGGCGUGUCCUGGAUGUCUGCCACAGCCAACGGGCCCGGACGAGAAAAUGGCCCGGUCCACCUCCUCCAUCUUCCGGCCCAUCUUCCCGCAGGAUUUGUUUUCGGCGAUCAUGGCUACUGGCUCUCCUACUACUCCUUUACCAGUAGUGGUACUUCUUCUGGCGGAGCUUUCCAAUUCGGUAGCUACACUGAGAAUCAGAUGCAUAGUGGCAGAGGCAUGGCCGCCGGGUACACAGUUGUGCCACCGCAAAUCGCUGUAAACACAUCGUCGGCCGACGAAGCCAUCAGGAUUCUUCUACUACUGUCCAUGGACAUCGUCGGAGAAUCGUACGAGCUUGGAAUGGAUAGAGAAUAG